CCUCAGUCAAUUCAAAGAUAUAUUAGAAGAACAAACUAGUCACAAUCACAAAGAUUACGUCACAGUUAUUUUGUUCACCACCGCCCUGCGCAAAACCAUCGCCCAAAGCAGGAGUAGCAGCAGCAAACGACGCCCCGUUUCAUCUGCGAGAUCGAGUUGCGAGCACCCGAUCCCGAGGAGUAGGCCCAAAAUGUCGCCGUCAGGAUCUGCAUCCUCCAUCGUCGCGGACACAACGGAAGGGUACCACUUUCUCACGAUCCGCGACUACUCCCGUACCAAGGGCGUCCCCACCGGAGAGCGGAUCGGUUCUCUUCCCUUCACAGUUGGUGGCCACUGCUGGCGCAUCUACUACUUCCCCAACGGUGUACGCUCGGAGGUCGCGGAUUACGUGUCCUUCUUCCUCGAGCUAGAUGAAGAUGUCCCGGCUACGGUGAAGGCCCAGGUUAAAAUUUGUUUCGCCGGCGAGGAGGAGGAGGCCGAGCAGGCGGCGUCGCUGGCGUUGGCAUCGGUGGACGAAUUCACCUCGCAGAAGUGCAGGCAGUACGAGAAAUUCAUCAAAAGGGAGAUCCUGGAGAACUCGAGGCAUCUAAAGAACGACUCUUUGAGCAUCCGGUGCGACAUCGCAGUCAUACACGGUUACCGUGGGGUGGACGGCACGACCGCCUUUAUUUGCGUGCUCCCAUGCGACGUGCGCCAGAACCUUGGAAAGUAUAUCGAGACCAACAAGCGCACCCACGAGGUGUUUGAGGUCGGUACUGAGAUCAUCGCCGUGCACUACUGCGUGCUUGUGGCAUGCUGGGCCUGCUCGCCGGUGUUGGAAGCCGAGCUCUAUGGAGCCAUUAAAGAGGACAACACUGCCGCUGCCGGCGUGGUGCACGUAGAAGGCAUGGAGGUGGAGGUGUUCAAGGCGCUGCUCGAUUUCGCGUACACGGGCCGUCUGCCGCAGACGUCCAAGGAAGACGACGAGGUCAUGUGUCAGCGUCUUCUAGUCGCGGCAGACAGGUAUGGCAUCGUGCAGCUGAAGCUAUUGUGCGAGGAGUGGAUGUGCAAGUACAUAGACGUGGGCACUGCUGCGACCAUCCUGGCGCUAGCUGAGCAAAACCACUGUGAGGGGCUCAGAAAGGCAUGCUUCGAUUUUCUCGCCGCUCCAGGAAACUGAGGGCGGUCAUGGCCACCGACGGCUUCCAUCACCUCUCGGCGAGCUGCCCUUCUCUUAUGGUUGAGCUCAUGCCCAUGUCCUCGGCGCAUUAGCUGAAUGAUGGAUGAUACCCAUGAAUAUUCCAAAAAUGGUGGUUUCUACUCUUUUUUUGUUGAAAUAAAACGGGACUUUAUUAAUUGGAAAUAAUCAGUACAACAUUUGUAAGGAUCAUUAGAAUUUCAUUUGGAGGCUCCUCGAACAAAUCUGAAGUACAAGAAAAUCUAGGUAAUCUAGCGAGCUCAUGAACUACUUUAUUUGUCUCUCUAUUACAAUGUUCGAAUCUAGUCGUAACAAAAUCACACGCAUAGUGAAAACAAUC